AUGGCUGACGAUGGCAUGCUCCUCAACUUUACGAUAUCCGACACUGUCCUCAAGCCCGAAGCCAAAUUAAAAGGCGGAUCAUGGCGUGAUCGACUAUCAGCGAAAAAACUCGCUCAAGGCAAACGGGCUCCUCGAACGAGAGUCCUGAGAGCACCUGGCACCGGCCCCUCCGGCGAUAAUCCGAAUAAUGUGCGAAUUGGUGAGAGGAGGGAACCGUCUUCGCAUCCGAAUAAGAGGCCGCGAACGGAUGGUGCGGAUUUUCGUCCUGCUACAUCGGCUGAUGGGAAGCCCCGCGGUGGAGGAAGAGGAGGACAUCGAGGACCGAAGCCGAAACAGAUUAUUUCGUCGUUAUUCUCGUAUAAUCCAGAAUCGAAAGAGACCGAGGAGGACACCGAUAAGAAAGUUGAAGCCGAAGCAGAUGAGGUCGAAGUGAAGCCGUCGAAUGCACCAUUGAUCGACGGAAUUGAAGACUUCACGAACCUCGGUCUUGCUCCGACGCUGGCUGCACAUCUAUUGACAAAAAUGGAAUUGAAGGCACCUACCGCAAUCCAGAAAGCGUCUAUACCGCAAUUGGUGAAAGAAGAUAGUGAUGCUUUUAUUCAGGCGCAAACGGGUUCCGGAAAGACGUUGGCAUAUCUCUUGCCGCUUGUUCAGAGAAUUAUAAAUCUUAAAGAUAGUGGUGCUAUAUCGAAGAGCACUGCGAAAGGGAAUGAGGAUUCGAUUCAUCGUGAUGCUGGGCUGUUUGCGAUCAUUUUGGCGCCGACGAGAGAAUUGUGUAAGCAGAUCUCGAUCGUACUGGAGAAUCUGCUACGAUGCGCUCAUUGGAUUGUCGGGGGUACGGUCAUUGGUGGAGAGAAGAAGAAGUCGGAAAAGGCCAGGCUCAGGAAAGGAUUGAACAUUCUUGUCGCUACACCGGGUCGACUUGCGGAUCAUCUGGAUAAUACUCAAGUUUUGGAUGUGAGCAAUGUACGGUGGUUAAUAUUGGACGAGGGCGAUAGAUUGAUGGAUCUGGGUUUUGAGGAGGAGAUACAUGGGAUUAUGAAGAAGCUCGAUGCGAGACAACGACCAAGCUCGAUCACUGGUCUACCGUCUAAAAGAACGACAGUGCUCUGCUCUGCCACCUUGAAGAUGAAUGUGCAACGACUAGGAGAGAUCAGUUUGAAGGAUGCAGUGCAUAUCAAGGCAGACCCUACCGAAGCGGGCGGGGAGGAUGAAGACGUCGAUGGCGAGAAGGAUGCAUUUACAGUACCGGCGCAGCUUCAACAGUCAUAUAUCGUCGCAGCAUCGAAGUUGCGUCUGGUUACCCUUACAGCUUUGAUGAAGCGUACAUUCAUGCGCAAAGGCUCGGUUAUGAAAGCAAUCAUCUUCGUCUCAUGUGCUGAUUCUGUUGAGUUUCAUUUUGAGCUAUUUACACGAAAAGACGAGAAUGCUCCUACAGAGCCACAACCGGCGCAAUCAUCCGACGAAAGCGACACAGAGGAAAGCGAUGGACAGGAAAAAGCUAAAACUAUAGCUGCAGCUAAAGCAGCUGAACAUGGUACCAUUGGUCGCGCAACAGCAUUUUCAAACGCAUCUAACCCAGUUACCAUACAUAAACUCCACGGUUCGUUACCACAAAACGUUCGUACAGCUACACUUGGCGCAUUCGCUCAAAGCAAAGAAGCUGGCGUUCUCAUAUGUACUGACGUUGCGUCUCGUGGUCUCGAUUUGCCAAAUAUCGACCUUGUCGUUGAGUACGACCCGGCCUUUAGCUCCGACGAGCAUCUCCACCGAAUUGGUCGUACGGCACGUCUCGGUCGUGAUGGCCGAGCGAUAGUAUUCCUCCUCCCAGGCAGCGAGGAAGGUUAUGUCGACAUACUCAAACGCAGCUACCGCGACGGAGGCAAAGCACUUACUCGACAGAAUGCAAACGACGUAUUGAAACGUGGCUUUGGCGGAAACACCGAUGCCACUAGCCAGAAUUGGGAGGAAAAGGCUACAGAUUGGCAGUUAGAUGUUGAAAGAUGGGCGCUGGAGAAUCCGCAGUCCUUGGAACUUGCGCGACGAGCAUUCCAGUCACAUAUUCGUGCAUAUGCGACCCACGUCGCUGCUGAACGAAACAUGUUUAAUAUCAAGGAGCUUCAUUUGGGCCAUUUGGCGAAAGCGUUCGCACUCCGUGAUCGGCCCUCAAAGAUCAACGUUCCAGGCUUGAGACAAUCCAAGGAUGAUACGAAGAAGGAGUUCAAAGCCGAUAGGCGAGGAUCUGGUAAACCUUCUGGCGGCAACGCAGUUGAAAUAAAGAAGCGCAAGGCUGCUGGUGGCGACGACGAUGUCCCACGCGAGACGAACAACGAAGAUGCAGCUCGCAGAAUGCGCGCCAAGAUGCGAUCAUUGACUGGAGCGGGCGCAGACGAGUUCAACUUGGCUUGA